AUGUAUGUGUAACACCAAUACUAUCAACAUUCUGAGAAUUGAUUAAAUAAAUUCAAUUUUUGUGGAUAAUGGACUGCUUUUCUUUAGGAUCUAUAGUGGUUAUAAAGACGAUGCACGAUGAUCUCAUCGAGGGACAAGUUAUGGCUUUCGAUUUGAACACUAAACUCUUGAUUCUAAAAAAUGUUUCCGAGAAUUCGAACAGACUUAAUAACGUUUAUAUCAUAAAUUUGCCACACUGCAAAGAUGUAUCAGUUAAAAAGGAGUUAGUCGGUGCUGAAAGUGCAGAACCACAGUCGAUAAAUCUUCAAAGGCUAAGUAAUAGAGUUCGUAAUCAGGUUGAACAGAAGAAGAGAUUGGUGAGUGCAUUGAAAGCAAAUGCUAGCGAGGAGGCUCAGAAUCUCUACAUAUUUUUGGCCAAAAUGCUUACAGUCGAACAAGUGUACUGGAAUGGCAUAGAUAUAGUCGUGUUUGAUGAUGUCGUUAUUAGACCACCGUAUCGUGUAGAAAAUGUCGAGGCAAAGUCAUCUGGAAAGCAACGUGAAUUAGAUUAUAUUAAGAAGCUUGUAAUGAACCGACAGAAACAGAUCAACAGUUUAGCAACUUCCAAAGCACCAGAAACGUCAUCGACUAAAAAUUGAAUUCCUUCAUUAACAUUUUACAAAAAAAAAAUUCAAACAAUAAAGAGUAAUUCCUUCUGCUGGUCUUUAAAAACAAAGGAAACGGUCCUUACAGAAGCUUCACAUUCAUUUUUCCUCCCCCCUUCAUACCUGAAUUAAAAUAUCCUAAUUCUUCAUUUUUGCUUCCGUCUAUUCUUUUUUGGUUUGGAAAGUUGUUUUAUAGAAAUUUCCUCCUUCAGUUUAUGAAUAAAUAGAAAAUUAUAUAAAAAAUCAUGGAAAG